AUGGUCAUGGACCAGCAGUCUACGUCGCCGACGUUAUCUGUGCGCUGGAUACGUCGCUAUCGCGCCUUUUUUCUAAUACUACUAUUCAUAAUUGCCAUCCAGCUAUUUCUAGCCUACAAAUCUGUUGAUAUAGAAAACCAGCCUGUGCCGCUUCAGGAGGAGCCUGAAGACGCUGCACAGUUGCGUCAGGCGCAAGUAACAGAACGCAGCGUACGCCUGACAGCAGAUCAGCUGGGCUUUGAGCCCGAUUGUGAUAUAAAUUCCAAGGAAGCAAUAUCGGCGCUUACACGUGCCAAGACUACAGACUGCCGCAAACAUAUCGCACAGAUCGCCUGUGCAAUCCAAGCUGAUCGCUUCUAUGCAACCAAGCUACAAAGCAGCUGCCCUGCUGGCAAUCACACAGCAAAUGUGUCCUUGGGUUGCUAUAGAGAUGACAAGGAUACACGUCUGCUGAGUGGUUAUUUCACCAGCUUCAAAACGUCCAAUUCGCCAAGUGCCUGCAUUGAGCUUUGUCUGCAAAGUGGUUAUCCCUAUGCAGGCGUACAAUAUGCACGUGAAUGCUUCUGCGGCUAUGAUACGCCCCCACGCCAAGCUAAGCUGCCCGACUCCAGCUGUAAUAUGAAAUGUCUGGGCAAUAUUAAAGAGAUUUGUGGUGGCUACUUUGCCAUGAAUGUCUACGAAACGGGCAUUGCUAAGUUCACAGCACAGGUGGCGGCAACAGGCGCCCCAGAGACCCAACCCCGCGUACGUAUUGCCUUUUUGCUUACGUUAAAUGGACGCGCCUUGAGGCAAGUGCAUCGCUUAAUACGCGCGGUAUAUGCGCCGGAACAUGUCUACUAUAUACACGUGGAUGCGCGCCAGGAUUACUUGUACCGCCAGCUACUGGAGCUGGAACGAAAGUUUCCCAAUAUACGUCUAGCGCGCAAACGCUUCUCCACUAUCUGGGGCGGUGCCUCGCUGCUGACCAUGCUGCUCCAAAGCAUGCAUGAUCUACUUGAGUCCAGCUGGCAUUGGGAUUUUGUCAUUAAUCUAAGCGAAAGUGAUUUUCCAGUUAAGACGCUGGACAAACUGGUGGACUUUCUCAGCGCCAAUCGCAAUCGCAACUUUGUUAAGGGACAUGGCAGAGAGACACAGCGUUUUAUACAAAAGCAGGGACUGGACAAAACGUUCGUAGAGUGUGAUACGCAUAUGUGGCGCAUAGGAGAUCGCAAGCUGCCCGCAGGCAUACAAGUGGAUGGCGGCAGCGAUUGGGUGGCACUUUCCAGACCCUUUGUAGCGUAUGUGACCCAACCACAGACGCAGGACAAGUUGCUGCAGUCGUUGUUGCAUCUGUUUAAGCACACUUUGCUGCCGGCGGAGACUUUCUUUCAUACGGUGCUGCGCAAUACGCGUCAUUGUCUUAGCUAUGUGGAUAAUAAUCUGCAUGUGACCAACUGGAAACGCAAGCAGGGCUGCAAGUGUCAGUAUAAGCAUGUUGUUGACUGGUGUGGCUGCAGUCCCAAUGACUUUAAGCCGGAGGAUUGGGCACGUUUGCAGUCGACGGCAUCAAAGUCGCUUUUCUUUGCGCGCAAAUUCGAGCCGAUUAUCAAUCAAGCAGUACUGCUGCAGCUGGAGGAAUGGCUCUAUGGACCCUACACCAGCGAGUAUGCCAAUCUACAUGGCUAUUGGCAGUCAUUGUAUCAUCAUGAGGAUGUCCAAGGCGCUCAUUCGGAUCUUACGCGUACUAUGGGUGAAAGCCUGAUGCGUUUGGCUGCGCAUCAAGCUCGUCUGGAGCCGCUGCAGCUGCUCGAGCUUACGCAUUAUCUGCAUCGCGAUCAGUACAAGGGUUUCUUAGUGCGCUUCAACGCUCAACAGCGCAAUACGUCCAAGCUGCUGCAGCUAGAGACGCGCGUGCGACCCGUGCAGUUGGGUAAGCUGGCUAGGAAUGCGCGUUUCAGCAAACGUUUGCGCAACUUUGAAGUCUCCACGGACUACGAUCAGAAGGAGCAAGUGGCGCGCAACUUUGCCAAGUUUUUGGGCCCGCAUAGCGAGCUGCUCUUGAGCUACACAUAUCAAGGCAUCACUGAUGCACAGGAUGCCGCGCAUUCUUAUAACUUAACGCUGCUUUGGUUGGAUCCGCUGGGACGUCUGCAGGACUUUAAUGAGCUGCAUGUGGAGGAGUCGCAAACAGAUGUUAUUAACUAUUCCAAAACGUUGCUCAAACAACCGCUUACGCCGGGUAUUUGGACUGCUAAGCUUAUUGGACGCACUGCCAUUUAUGCACAGCUGAAGUUUCUAGUUGCACCGCUUGCCUUUGACAAAGGUGAGCCGCUGGCAACAGCAGCAGCAGCCAGUGCAGUCAAUGCCGGCAUUGAUCUAUCGCUACCCGACGAGUUUGAGCUACCUUUGGAGUGGCAGCAACAUGUACAUAAUGACGACGAGCAUUUCGCGCUACGCGAGCACAUACUGGCUAAUGGUCAGUUAGUUGGUCAUCAGCUGCAUCGUUGGAUUGAUGAGCUGGUUAGCAAAUUCUUUCAGCUGCGCGAGAGUUGUGUGGCACAGCCAGCUAAUGCAUUACCUGGCUUGCCUUUAUGUCAGGACACCAGCUGGAGCUCGCUGGCAGCAGAUCCCAAAAGCGACAUGGAGGCCUUGCUCAAGCGCUAGGCCAGGAGUUAGCAAAUUCUAUUCAUAGUUGUUAUAGCCAUUUGCCAUUGAACACUUACUUAUAUUUUUGUUAUUCGUUUUGUUGUGUAAAUACUUGUAAACAAUUAACCAAUUCAUCAAUUUUAUGCUCAACGCACAUAAAAACUAAAGCAAACAGGAAUAGUCAAUUGAAUCAGAUACUCUUGCACUAGCUAU